AUGGCGCCUCUUGAGAACGGCCAAGCCAAUGGCCUCAACGGUGACGCUUUACCUUCAGUGAGCCCAUUGGGCAAUCUACGCUUUUCCGAUAUCCCCGAUGCCAUCGACAUUCCCGCCUCCAGCUUCGACAGCGAAGUCGAAGUGAGCUUGCUCGAGCUCCCCGAUGAUCCGACCGAGCUUUGCACUCUUCUGGAGAACGAAAAAGCGGCUAAAAAUUUCUGGGUGAUCAUUGCGCUUGCCUAUGCGAAGCGCAAGCAGCUCGACCAUGCUAUCGACAUCUUGACUAAGGGUCUGGCCUCCGUCGCCCAUGGAGCGACAAAGGAGAAACUCGGCUUGCUGGGCUGGAUUUGCUGGCUGCUGUUGCUGAAGAGCCGACAUGCCCCCCGAGUUGCACCUGAGGGGGAGCUCUACUCGGAAGCCAAGACCAAGGACCACUACCUCCAACUCGCGACGUCGACGUUGAACGAAGCCUCGCGCCUCAAUCCGGCUUACCCUCCUCUUUUCCUGGCACGAGGUGUUUUAUGUCUCCUUCGUGCGUCAUUAUAUCCAGCUCGUGCUGUUCGCCCCGGUGCAAUCGAUACAUCGGAAAGAGUCGAGUCGCUCCGGCAGGCUUUAAAAUGUUUCGACGAGUCAUCGAAGGCCUUUGGUGGCCGGAACAUCAUGGCCAUUCUAGGACGUGCUCGCGCACAUUACAUGCUGGGAAGAUACGCGGAUGCACUCGAAGGAUAUCAAAAGGCUCUGAUGAAGAUGCCUCAACUCACAGACCCGGACCCUCGUAUUGGUUUGGGAUGUUGCUUGUGGCAACUCGGCUUCAAGGAUCAAGCUAAGGUAGCCUGGGAGAGAUCGCUGUCUCUAAACCCCGAUUCCAAGGUUGCCAAUGUCCUCCUUGCAGUUUACUACCUCCAUGACAGCUCCCGCCGAUCCACCACCGACCCUAUGUUUGGGUCAAUGUACAAAUUGGCCAUGACACAAUACACUCAAAAGGCCUUCAAACUGGACAAGGAAUACCCGAUGACCUGCUCUAUGUUCGCCAGUUACUUCCUACUUCGCAAAUCCUAUCCCACUGUCGAGACAUUGGCACGCAAAGCCAUCGAACACACCGACGUUAUGUCUAUCGCCAGUGACGGCUGGUACCUUCUUGGGCGCAAGUCGCACUACGAAGGCGACGAUACCCGUGCUGCGGAGUUCUACAAUCGCUCUGACCAAGCUCGCGGCGGAGGCGACAAGGGAUAUCUUCCUGCCAAAUUUGGCGCCGUGCAAAUGCAGAUCACGAACAAAGACUUUGACGGUGCGAAAUUCCGACUAGAGAAGAUCGUUCAGCAAUCGAAGAACCCCGAGGCAAUGACCCUCCUUGCUGCUAUCCAUGCAGAAGAAGUGUUUGCUGCUCAGAAGUCAGGUAGUAAGGACGACAAGUCGACUGAGACAAAGCGCGCAAUCACUCUGCUCGAGUCGGUGCGCUCUAUGUGGAAGGAUGAGAAGCAGAAUAUCUCCCCCGACGAGUCGGUCCUCGUCUAUCUUUCCCGCCUUUACGAGGGCACAGCUCCAGAAAAGAGCAUGCAGUGCCUAACUCAACUGGAACAAAUCCAGAUUGCCGAAAUCCCCGAAGAUGCUCGACCUGAUAUCGAGGACCAGGAUAAGUUGAAUGCUGCUCUUAGGGAAAGCCUCCCACCGCAGCUUCUUAACAACAUGGGAUGCUUCCUAUACCAGAACGAGAAGAUUGCUUUGGCCCGUGGCCUUUUCCAGUCUGCACUCAACGCCUGUGUGCAAUCCAAGGAGAAGGAGGAUGGCAGUGACAGCGACGCACUCAUCACUACAAUCAGCUACAAUCUUGGACGAACCUAUGAAGCAGCUGACAUGUGGGAGGAGGCCAAGAAAGUCUACGAAGGUCUUCUUGAGCGCCACAGCGACUACACCGAAGCUAGUGCGCGCUUGACAUACAUCGCCCUGCGCCAGAGUCCUACGGACGAGGGCCCCAAGAAGAUUGGCAAGCUCUACGAAUCAGAUAGUUCAAAUCUGGAAGUCCGGUCACUCUACGGAUGGUAUCUCAGCAAGGCGAAGAAACGAGUGGCCAACCUCGCGGAAGAUAGCGAGCAGCGUCACUUCAAACAUACGCUGCAGUACUAUGACAAGCAUGAUCGAUAUGCGUUGACUGGCAUGGGCAAUGUGCAUCUCCUUGCCGCGCGUGAUAUGCGCCGUGACACAGACCAAGAAAAGGAGAAGCGUCGCAAGAUAUACCAGCGUGCUGUGGAGUUCUUUGACAAGGCUCUCCAAUUAGAUCCCAAGAACGCAUAUGCCGCUCAGGGUAUUGCGAUCGCUUUGAUCGAUGACAAGAAAGACCACAGCUCUGCUGUGCAAAUCCUGUCCAAGAUUCGCGAUACCCUCAAGGAUCCCAGCGUCUAUCUCAACUUAGGACAUGUCUUUGCUGAGCUCCGUCAGUUCUCACGGUCCAUCGAGCAUUAUGAGGCUGCAUUGUCCAAGGACCGCCAGCGCGAUGUACAAAUCCUGGCUUGUCUCGGUCGUGUAUGGUGGCUACGUGGCAAGCAGGAGGCAAACUUGGCGGCGAUGAAAACAGCACUAGACUAUGCCAUGCGCGCACGCGAUGUGUCUCCGGAUCAACUCCACCUCCAAUUUAACGUCGCUUUCGUCCAAAACCAAAUUGCCUCGCUCGCAUAUGGUCUCCAGCCCACUCAGAAGACACUUCAAGACGUCCAGGAGGCGGCGGAGGGUCUCAAGGAGGCCAUCGAGACGUUUGAGCGUCUCUCCAAGGAGAAGAACCCGCCCUAUCCCAGCGCCGCAUUGGAACAGAGAGCCAACAUGGGCCGCACUAUUAGCAAGCAGCUCGACCGGGCCAUGCAGAGCCAGAAGGAAUAUGAAGAAAAGAACGCCGCCAAGCUCCAGCAAGCCCGUGAAGCCCGCGAAGAGGCCCAGCGUGUCCGUGAAGAGGAGGUGCGCAAGGCUCAAGAGGUCGAAAUGGAGCGCAAGAAGCGCAUUGCCGAAGAGCGCGCGCAGAUGGUCGAAGAGGUGCAACGACAUGCCGCGCAGCGCGCUGAAGAUGAGCGUGCUCGCGAGGAAGCCGAAUUGACCCACGACUCCGAGACAGGCGAUCGGGUCAAACGUAAGAAGAAGCCUACCAGCAAGCGCAAGAAGAAGGGUGGAGAUGACUUCAUCGCUGACGAGGAAGAGGGCGAGGGUGCCCACAGCGCGCCGGAGAGUGAGGGUGAGGCGGCGCCCAAGAAGCGGCGCCGCCUGGAACGCCGAUCGGGCAGCAAGGCACAGGCGGCCAAAUCUGAGAAGCCUGGCAAGUAUAAGAGCAGUGAGAUGGUCGUUGACUCGGAUGAUGAAGAGGCGCCUGCUUCUCCUGGCGAAGACAAGGACGAUCUAUUCGACGACGACGAACCAACGGAAGACGCUGCGCCUCGUCGUCGUGGCAAUGCCUCUCGCCGUAUUGCCGAUGAUGAUGAGGACGAGGAAGAAGAAGAAGUGCACGCCGAGAAGUCUGGCAACGAAGACAACGACGAUGAACUGUUUGGCGAAGAGCCUUCGAAGACUGUCGAGGACACGGAGAUGCAGGAGUGA